AUGUAUUCUCGUAAUUCAGAAAGUCAUUCUUUGGCUAAAGUUCAAUCAAUCAUGGUUGGUUCUUCUCAAAAUUUUUAUGAAGAUAAUGUGAUAGUUGAUAACGAUCAAGAACAAUCUGAUGAUAAAAUUUUUAUUAUGAAAUAUGAUUGGUUUUACAAGAUUAAUAAUAUUAUCAAUACUAUUAUCAUUACAGAUGAAGAAUCUAAACAACAAGUUAGUUCAUCUGAUGAAUUUGAGGAUGAAGAAGGAUCUCAGUCUUAUCAAGAAAGGUUUAAACUUUCUGACAUCGCAAUCAACUCGUUGAUUGGUUUCUUUAGUCUUGUCUUAAAAGAUAUCGAUUUACGUCGAUUUGAAGAAUUUCCUCCAACCACUUAUAUGGCUAGAAAGUUGUUAGAUAUCAGGAAAAAAUCAAAAACCUUUGCGACUUGUCUAGAUUGUAACAAGUUAUAUGAUUCUACGACAAUAAUUUUAGCAAAUUCAAAUAAUAAUAUGAAUUUAGGAUUUAAAUGCAUCCAUAUUGAAUUUCCAAAUCAUCCGAUAUAG